AUUUGAAUGUUAACCUAGAACAAUAGAAGGGUAUUAUUUGUUAUUAUUCACUAUAAAUAUUUCAUGUUUCCUUUCUGAGUUUCCCGCAUGAUAUUUCUUGCUUUUACAAAAGUAUCUUUUUUAAUAUAUAUCAUCAAUAUAUUCCAUAGAUUUGAAAGUAGCAGGAAAUGGACAAUACAUUAGUGAAAAGAUCUUCUGUUAUAUAUGAAAAUCAUUCGAAGAAGUUCAUAACAUCAACUAGAAAUUACAAAAAACAAUAUUGCAGUAUAUAUUUAACUCGCCUUGAACUUAUGCGGAAUGUUCUUAUUCAAAAAGCUAAAGAGAAAUGGGGAGAAGAAUAUCUCAUUGUGAAACUACAUAAACUUUCAGAAACAGACUGUGAUAAAUGUAUAGUCAUUGGAACAUUAUUUAAGGAUCAGAAACUCAAACCAUCCAUUGUUAAACAACUAUCAGAAGCUAAUCAAUUAGUUCCCCAGCCAAUACUCACUAAUUUCACUGAUGAUUCAGAUGUUUUAUUGAUUGAAGAUGAAUUGCAGAGGUAUCAGAUAUUAGGAAACUUGAAAAAAGAGGAGCUCGUUACAGGUAUAACAUGUGCCUUAUUAGGUUCUGAUAUUGGUAAAGGAAAAUUUACAGUCGAGGACUAUAUAUUUGUGGGUUUUCAUAAUCAGAUACAACGUCCUCUUUUUGAACACAAUAUUUAUGUUUUGUUUCUGAGUGGAUUAGAUUUGGUUCAUUUAGAGAAGACUAAUAUAUUUUUACAAAUUAUAAUACAAUGGCUGUCUGGUUUGAUACUUUUAAAUCAAGAAAUUAACUCUAAAGAUAUAUGCAGAGUAAUUAUAGCUGGAAAUAGUAUAAGGACAAUUCCUGAGAAGGCUAAACCUACAAUAUCCAUGACUUCCAGAGUUCCAGAAUCGACUGAUACUAUUGAUGCUGUAAAAAUUUUAGAUGGAUUCUUAGUCAAUCUAUGCCAAAUUAUUGAUGUCGAUAUUAUGCCUGGUGAAAAUGAUCCUUCAAAUCAUAUCCUGCCACAGCAGCCUCUCCAUCACUGUAUGUUCCCAGAAUCUUCGAAGUAUAAGUCAUUCAAUCAAGUUCCAAAUCCAUAUAAAUGUUCUUUAGGAGGUUUGACGGUGUUAGGUUCAUCUGGACAACCAAUAAGAGAUAUUUUACGUUUUUCUGAACUGAAAGAUCCUCUCGAUGCACUAGAAAGUUGUCUGAAGUGGUCCCAUUUGGCCCCAACUGCUCCUGACACAUUAGGUUGCUUUCCCUUCUAUGAAGAGGAUCCAUUCAUAAUUGACGAUUGUCCUCAUGUAUUUUUUGCAGGGAAUCAGGAGAAUUUUGGUACAAGAAAAGUGAAAGGUCCUGAUGGCCAAGAAGUAUGUUUGCUAUCAAUUCCAGAAUUUUCAACUACUUAUCAAGCAUGUUUGUUAAAUUUGAAAAAUUCAGAAUGUUUUCCAGUUUUAUUUUCAUCUUGAGUUAAGAUUAUGAAUUAAUUUUUAAUUUUUUGUUUUCUAUUGAUAUAUCAUUGUGAAUAUACAGCAUCAUUUAAAUAAACCUAAUUUUCAUUA